AUGUUUUGUUGUGAACUCGCAUCGCUACGAGAAGCUGCGAGGCAAGCUGAAGUUGGCGCGCGGCGUCUGUUCCAGGGCGGGAAGACGCCGCUGUACAUCGCGGCGCGGGGCAGCUUCACCGCCAUCGUGGACAUGAUCAUCCGCACGGCGCGCCUCGACUACCCGCAACCGGACGGCGACUCGCCCGAGGCAGGGCUGCGCGCGGGCAAAUGGCGGCACAGCUGCGACGGCCACGCCAGCAACGAGCGCCUCCGCGACGUGCUGUGGAAGGUGGCGUCCAAGCAGCUGUCGGCCGGCGAGUGGAAGCGCCUGGCGCACCACUGGGCCUUCACCGACGACCAGAUCAAGGCCAUCGAGCACCAGUACACAGGUCCGUCCAGCUACAAAGAACAUGGUUUUCGAAUGAUGCUGAUUUGGGCUCACAGCCUUCCCCCGCAAAUUAACCCAAUGAAGGAACUUUGCGACAGUCUCGUAGCUAUCGGAAAGAAGUCCGUUGCUGGUACGUAA